AUGGGUAGACAAUUUCGUGAUCCGUCUGACUAUAAUGUAUCUAUACUACUUGCUUCAUCAUCAGAUCUGGUUGCAAGUAGAUUACUUGUUCAGGCAGUGGCGAAUUCUACCGACUAGUUAUUAAUCUUACUUCAUCGUUUCAUCUGUCUCUUUCUGCUCGUUCAAUCUGUUCCUUAUUAUCCAGAUUGAAUCAAUCUCUCGAUCAAACACUAACUCGCACUCGUUCGAUGUAUACGAGUCUUUUUCCAAAUCAUUGAAACCUUUCGACUCGACUACAUUCAAAUAUACAUUUCCCUGCACACUUGAAUUGGAGAAAUCAAUCCCCCUUUAAAGAAAUUACGUUUCUCAGAUAAACAUUAACAAAAAAAAUUUCUAAAAUUUCUAAAAACGAUUUCUAAAGAUCCUAAAUCUUCUAAGUGCGAUUCAUCCGCUGUCGAGUCGAGAUUUCCAUCACCGUCACGUGAUCUACUUAAACGUAAACGAUCCUACAAAUCCAUCGAAUCCAUCGAUCCUAGAAAUCCACGACGACAUACGAAGAAGAAAAAACUAAAAAUAAAAAAAAAAAGAAUUUCGUUUUUCUUACGGUCGCGAUCGCGAGGAAAGUCGUUUGCCCGAGUAUCCCGAGAAAUAAUCCCUUGGCUCCCUCGAACAAACGAGAUCGUCCCACGAACGAAUGGAAGGGAGAGGAAAGACUCACGAUAUUUAUCGCGAUUUCCAGCUCUAACGCCGGUGAUGCUGUCGCUGUCCGGACCACUGCUCGGCGCGGUGGUCGGAGCAACGGCUGGCCUUCUACUAGUGAUCUUCGUGAUAGUUCUGGCGGUGAGAUUACGGUAUCGACCAAGGUCUCAGGAGGACAAGGACUCUCACGACGAUGGCGGCAUGGCGAACCUGGCUGCGUCCGGAACCGGCAGUUCCUCUCCACGUGAUAAAUCGUCGACCUUGCCUCUCAACUCCGACAGCAUCGAGAGCUUCGAGAAGGAUCCAGACAUAAUUCCUCACGCUAAUGGGAUCAGAACUAACGUACGCCGAGCUGUCGCUCCGUAACCGACGAAUACCUCCUAAUUGUUAUCAGCCGGUACAGAUAUCCAAUAUUCAACGGCCUCAACUGUUGGCCAUGUCGACUCUGACGCGUAGGCAACCAAUCCAGGAACCGACGAUUUACGCGCAAGUCGCCAGUCAUUCUAAGCCGAUUUAUGUACCACCCCCGCAUCCGUACAUGAGUCGCACCAACGACGAGACCACGGCAGAAACUCCAUUAAUCGGACACGACAAUAAGAUCACCACGAUUAGCCAAUCGGGUAGCUCAAUAUGGCGUACUGACGCGCCGCCAGCUUCAAACGCACCAACGACAUGAUUCUAAAGUCCUCGAUUCUGAUCGAAGCAACGUAUUUCGCUCUUGUACACGUUUCUCGACACACCUGUUAAUUAUUUAAAAAAAAAAAAAAAAAAA